AUGAAAUUCUCCCACAGCAUCCAGUUCAACGCUGUUCCCGACUGGAGCAGCCACUACAUCGCCUACAGCAACCUCAAGAAGCUCAUCUACCAACUCGAAAAGACCAUCCAUCAGUCGUCGGGCGGCGAUGCCGAGUCGCGCCCCCUCAUCCAGUACGAGGAUCCCGAGACUGUCUUCAUCCGCGCCCUUGACGUCGAGCUAGAGAAGAUCUCAUCCUUCUAUGUGCUGAAGGAAAAAGAGCUGGUCGAUGAGGCGGAUGCGCUGUUGCGCGAUGUUGGCGCGUUCGAGGACGGUCCAAUUGACGAAUCCCAACCCCGGCCGCCCGUUCGCACCCGGUCAGCCGAACGACCGCGGCCGCCCCCACAACCGCGUAGCCAGAGUGCGCGCAGCCGUAACUCAACCGAGGAUGGUGUCGAAGACAGCGAAGACGAGGCUGAUGAGACAGUCGGUCUGGCAUCAAGGCGGAGGUCGAGCUUCGGGAGGCGCAGGACGGUCCCGAAUAUCAUGCAGGCAUCGACGGACAUGACGGCCUCUACCGAGCUCACGCGGUCGCUGCGAAGAUACAGCGCGACCUAUGACGACUACGCCGAGCAGGCGGCUCUUUUCUCCUCUGGAAUCAUGCUGAAGAAGAGGAUCAUCACCAUAUAUGUCCAGCUCUGCGAGCUCAAGUCGUAUGCUCAGCUCAACAGGACUGGCUUCAGUAAGGUGCUCAAAAAGUUUGACAAAAUCGUCGACCGCCAGCUGCGGCGCAAGUACAUGGACUCGUACGUUGACACGGCCUACCCCUUCCGCUCCGAAACGACGGCCGACCUGGAAGAGAACAUUUCUAAAAUCGUAGACGCCUACGCAACCAUCGUCACCAACGGCGACAACGAGGCCGCAAACCGGGACUUAAGGUCGCAUCUGAGAGAGCAUGUUGUCUGGGAACGGAAUACCGUGUGGAGAGACCUGAUUGGCAUGGAGAGGCGGGCUGAGGCUGCCAGCCUGGGCCACACCUUGCUUGGGCGAGACACGGAUCUAACCAAGACGCUUCGCCAGGGAGAUGCCGAGCAGGUGCUGCCGACCAAAGAGAUAUCCACACCGCUCGGCCGAUUUACCUACCCAGUGUGGCUCUUCAGCUCGACCAUGAUGACCCUUCUCGUCAUCCUUACCAUCUUCUUCGUCCUUCUCUUGGUUCCUUUAAUGGAGAAGCCCGAGCAACAGAACUGCCUGGCCAUGCUGGUGCUUGUCAGUUUGCUUUGGGCUACCGAGGCGAUACCCCUUUUUGUCACCUCUCUCACCAUUCCCUUUCUCUGUGUCGUCUUAAAAGUCUUCCGCCAGACAGAAAGGCCGCAUACACGGCUGGACUCCAAGGAUGCCACGGCCGCCGUCUUUGCCGCCAUGUGGACUCCGGUCAUCAUGCUGCUGUUGGGCGGCUUCACCCUUGCAGCUGCGCUGUCGAAAUGCAGCAUCGACAAGAGGAUUGCGACAUUUGUGCUUAGUAAAGCAGGAACGCAGCCGAGAACGGUGCUCAUUGCCAACAUGGCCGUCGCUGCCGUUGCGAGCAUGUUGAUCAGCAACGUUGCUGCUCCGGUUCUCUGCUUUGGUAUCAUCGAGCCAAUGCUUCGUAACCUCCCCGCCGGGUCCAACAUGUCAAAGGCUGUCAUCAUGGGAAUCGCGCUUGCCUCUAACAUUGGCGGCAUGCUCUCGCCUAUUGCGUCGCCACAGAAUGUUGUUGCUAUUGGCAUCAUGAACCCCGCGCCGACUUGGGGCCAGUGGUUCUUUAUUGCGAUUCCUGUGGGUGUCAUCUCUCUGCUGCUGAUAUGGGCUAUCCUCCUCGUUACCUUUCAGCCCGGCCGCGGAACCACCAUCGUGCCCAUCCGGCCCGUGCGUGACCCUUUCACGGGCCUGCAAUGGUUUGUGUCUAUCGUGACCGUCUCCACCAUCGGCCUUUGGUGCGCCUCGCACCAGCUCGAGUCCACGUUUGGCGACAUGGGCGUCAUUGCCAUCAUCCCCAUUGUGCUGUUUUUCGGUCUGGGAAUCCUGACUAAGGAAGACUUCAACAACUUCCCCUGGACCAUCAUCAUCCUGGCCGCUGGUGGCUUGUCUCUCGGCAAGGCCGUCAACUCGUCUGGCCUCCUCCACACCGUCACGGGCGCCAUCACCGCCCGCGUCGAGCAUCUGAGCCUCUAUGGCAUCUUGGUCGUGUUUUCCGGUCUGAUUCUCGUUAUUGCCACCUUCAUUAGCCACACCGUCGCGGCCCUCAUUAUCCUGCCGUUGGUGUUCGACGUCGGCCAGCGCCUUGAGCAGCCCCAUCCCAACCUCCUGGUCAUGGCCGGCGUGUUGAUGUGCAGCGCCGCCAUGGCGUUGCCUACGAGCGGGUUCCCGAACAUGACUGCCAUCAUGAAGGAAGACCCUACCGGCCAGCGCUACCUGCACGUCAAGCACUUCAUCACCCGCGGCGUGCCCAGCAGCUUGCUGACCAUGCUGGUGGUUGUGACUGUGGGCUACGGCGCCAUGAUAGUGUCAGGCAUGUGA